AAAACGAGAAAACACCAAAGAGAAUAAGCACACCAAAGGAAAUGAACACACCAAAGGAAAUGAACACACCAAAGGAAAUGAACACACCAAAGAGAGCAAGAAAAUACUGAAGGGAAUGAACACACCAAGAGAACAAAGAGAACAAGAAAACACCAAAAAGAAUAAGCAUACUGAGGAGAACAAACACACCAAAGAAAAUGAGAAAAUACUGAAGGGAACGAACACACCAAGUGAACAAAAAGAACGAGAAAACACCGAAGAGAACGAGCACACUGAAAAAAACAAACCACUGAAGGGAACGAACCAUCAAAGUAAACAAAAGCACUAG